AUUAUAAAUAACAAAUAAAGAACUCGAUCAAAACAAGAGAGUGUUCGGUUCAGUUUCAUGGCGGCCAUCGGAGCUUCUAUACUCCUCGCCGGUGGCGUAUCGCCAUUUUCUCAGCGGAGCACCACCACCUUGUUCGGAGGAAUAACGAAACGCGGGCGGAUUUUAGCUGUUUCUACGGAACGGAUAGGAAGAGUAAGCGGUUUUGGAGAGAAUGAAAAGCUUGGUAAGAAGAUGAAUCUGAAAACGAUGGCGGAGGAAACUGAGGUGAAACCUAAUAUUUAUGCAAAUCCGGAGGAGUUGCCGGAGUUUGAGGAGGGUAAAAAGUGGUUAAAAGAUUAUUUUGAAGAGUCUAAAGAGAUCAUCAGAUCGGACGGCGGUCCGCCUCGUUGGUUCUCACAUUUGGAGUGCUCUUCUUCGACCUCUCCAGACUGUCCUUUGCUUCUGUUUUUGCCCGGAAUUGAUGGCACCGGACUUGGACUUAUAAUGCAUCAUCAUAAGCUUGGGAAGAUGUUCAACAUUUGGUGCUUGCAUAUUCCUGUGCAGGAUAGAACGCCAUUUAAUGAGCUAGUGAAGCUUGUGGAAAGAACGAUUAGGUCAGAGAACUACAGGUCCCCAAACAGGCCAAUAUAUAUUGUUGCGGAGUCUCUUGGAGCAUGCCUUGCCUUCUCCGUUGCAGCUCGGAAUCCUGACAUAGAUCUUGUGCUUGUUUCUUCUAACCCAGCCACAUCUUUUAGUAAGUCACAGUUGCAACCACUAAUACCUUUGCUGGAGAUUACGCCUGAUCAGUUCCCACUUAAUCUCACUUACAUGCUGAGCUUACCAACAGGUAAUCCUUUGAGGAUCCUGAUGGAUAACGUUGUAAAAAGAGGUUCUCUGCCCCAAAUCGUGGGAGAGUUAUCACAAGAUCUUUCUAAUAUGUCAUCAUACCUCCCUAUUCUGGCUGAUAUUUUACCCAGAGAAACGCUUCGAUGGAAGCUAAAUUUGUUGAAAUCUGGUUCUGCAAAUACGAACUCAUGCCUUCAUGCAAUUAAAGCUCAAAUGCUGAUACUUUGCAGCGGAAGAGAUCAGCUGUUGCCUAGUCUAGAAGAAAGUCAAAGACUUCAAAAAACACUACCUGAUUGUGAGAUUCGUAAGUUUGAAGAAAGUGGUCAUUUUCUCUUCCUGGAAGACAAUAUUGAUUUGGCCACAAUCAUCAAGGGAGUUUCUUUCUACCGCCGUGGAAAGCACUUCAACUGCGUCUCAGAUUACAUACCACCAACACCUAGUGAAUUCAAAAAACUGCAUGAAUCGAUUAGCUUGCUUCUUACAGCUACCGGCCCUGUGAUGCUCUCAACAUUAGAGGAAGGGAAGGUGGUGAGGGGACUGGCGGGAAUUCCAUCAGAGGGGCCAGUCUUACUUGUCGGUUAUCACAUGUUAAUGGGACUUGAAGUUGUUCCAUUAGUAGCUCAAUUUAUGAUGGAGAGAAACAUUCUUGUUCGCGGGAUAGCACAUCCAGUGAUGUUUGUAAGAGUGAAAGACGGAAAGCCCCCGGACGUGGAGCUAUCACAUUAUGACGUACUUAGAGUAAUGGGGGCAGUGCCUGUCUCAGCUGCAAACUUUUACAAACUUAUGUCUUCAAAAUCUCAUGCCCUGUUGUACCCUGGUGGCGUACGUGAGGCCCUUCAUAGGAAGGGCGAAGAAUACAAGUUAUUUUGGCCAGAGAAAUCUGAGUUUGUGAGGAUGGCAGCCAGAUUUGGAGCCAAGAUUGUUCCUUUUGGUGUUGUUGGAGAGGAUGAUUUCGCUGAGAUUAUUUUGGAUUACGAUGACCAAAUGAAAAUUCCAUGGAGGAGGGAAGAAAUAGAAAAACUUACAAGUCGGUCUGCAAAACUGCGGACCGACGCAAGUGGUGAGGUUGCAAACCAACAAAUGCAUUUACCAGUGAUGCUACCAAAAUUUCCAGGCCGGUUUUAUUAUUAUUUUGGGAAGCCGAUUUUAACUCGAGGGAUGGAGGAGUUAAAGGACAAGAAGAAAUGUGAUGAGUUGUAUUCUCACAUAAAAUCAGAGGUGGAGGGAUGCAUUGAUUUCUUGAAACAAAGAAGAGAAAAAGAUCCUUAUAGGAACAUAGCUUCUCGAGUGUUGUACCAAACCUCUCAUCCUUCUACCUCUCCCUUCAAUAUUCCAGCAUUUGAUCUUUGAUUUUGAUUUUCUUCUUCUUUUAUUUAAAGACUCAAGGGGGAAUGAUCUAAAUGAAUGAAAUUAAAAGUUUUAAAUUUGAGUAAUUCACUCUGGACUUUGAAUCCAGCGAUCUGGGUUCGAAUCGCGGUAGGACCUUUAUCAUUUUGACCUUCCCCCUUUUCCUGUUCUUUACCUUUAGGCCCUCUUUAUGUGGAUCUGGAAACA